ACAGGCAUAACUCACGGAACGGUGUACGGCAUGCUACCGGGGGACCUGUUUCUCGGCGGUCCCGGGCUGCCAGGGUCAACGAUGAAGUUGACACCGGGCGUCGGCAUGACGCUGCUGAUCGGCAUCGCCGGUAGCAUCUUUCUCGUGGCCCAAAGUCACCGAUUGUUGCGCAGCAAACUCAGCCAACGACGGCGUUCUUCCCGGAAGCCUGAUGCGGCAGAGUGUUACAUGUGUAACGUAAACAUCGAGCUCGAAAGCACAGACAGCUUCGCAACAUGCCGCGGUUGCGAAAAACUGGUCUGCCGCGGCGAGAACUGCUGCCAGUGGGUGGAAUCGAUCGGCAUCUGGGAAUGUACCGGGUGUCAAUCGAAUCGCGUAAUCCAGCAAAAGGCGGGCGAAUGGUUGCUGAAUCAGUUGACCGCCCGCUUGAAGCAACCCGGUCCGGUAGAGCUGAAGGAAGCCAAUCUACUGGGGCUUGGUUUGGACACCGAUGAUGCGCGUAGUACGACGAGCUCGACAGUUUCGGCCAACCAGCGUAUCAAGGUGCGAGAAUUCAUCGAGGAGCUGCUGUCAACCAUGCUGCACGGUCCACUGGACGAUGUUUCUGUUGGGCAGCUAAUGAAACAUGAAAGCUAUAUAAGACUUUUUCGCAAGUUCCACACACGUUUGAGCAGGUGUCUGUACAAUCUUGAACUCUCGAUCCAUCACUCACUAAUGUCGGAUCUACCGCUAUGGGAAGGUCAACAGCAGCAUCACAGCCCGAGCGAUCAGCACUUCGAGCUGAAGCAACUGAUACAGAAAAUUCUGGACCAGAUCGCCAAGCUGCCGGAGCUGCUGAACCACAGUGGCCUGCCAUUACGGCCGGAAGAGCAUCUGCCGUACUUCGAUCCGAAGAAGUACGAGCAGCUGUUGGCCACUGCGGUGCUGAAUAAGGUAGUGGACGACUAUCGGAAUCCGAAAAACUUCACUAGCAGCGGUGACGUGGCUGGAAAAUCGACCGGAGCUGCUGUACCGCCGGUUGACAUCAACCACAAUCAGCUGUCCGGGGAGGGCAGCCAUCCGGGUUUGCUGAGCAAAGAAACCCUCCGACAGAUGUCCGUAACGGCUGACGACGUUCAAUUGCACGAAGGCAUUAGCUACAUCGCACCCGGCGAACGACGACUUUCCGACACGGACGAAUCGUACCUCAGCGAUUAUAUCCAACGCCACAAAGUACCUCUGCCCGAUCUGUCCGACACGACCGGUUCCGGAUCCGGCGCAGAAGACGACGACCUGCAAUCACUCAAAUCGAACGCAACCGAUGGUACGUGGGAGGAGAAUUGGCUUUUCCGCAAACGGCAACUGAAAACGACCGAAUCCUCGAUCGCCAUGCUCGUGCCAUCGCCGACGGAGGAGGUGAAAGCGCUGAUCGGGGACAAGAAUGCAGACGAGAUCAGUGAUCUGUCGGAGGCGGGUUCGGACUGCGAGGGGUACGAAUCGGAUAGUAAUGUGCCGGUGGCAACAGAUGUCCCAAAACAGAGUGCCACAGUAGUGAUGGCAUCUAGCAGCAGUAAGGACACGAGCGAAGGAAUUUCUUCUUCAUCUAAAAUACAAGACUCGCUGGAAGAACAUCUGCCACCGGAUAGUCUCGUGUCGAUUAACUCACUGCCGGUCAAUGAGGAGGUUCUGUCAGAGGCUACCAACAGUCAGCUGCUGGCAGAACAGUCGACACAAAAUCACACCAAUGGUCUUGGUGGAACUACUGGACUGCUGGUCGAUGAUUUGAUCAGUAUAGAACCGGUGAGGGAUAAAGUAGAAACUACUAAUCCAGCCAUUACCAAUCCCUUCCUGGAUGAUGUUUUCGAGGCGAACAAUAACGUCAUAACGGAUGAUGUGAAAUUAUUGCAGCGCACCGAGGCCGGUGACAGUCGUUCCGCCACCGAAUCCACCAGCAACGGUUACGGUGAUCGAAAAGAAAUCCCAAUAGAUCGAGUGUCACAACAACUGCUGAUGCUGGACACCCUGUCGCCGCCGGAUUCUCCAGUACAGCAAGUCCUAUCGCCCCAUCCGAUCAUGAUGACGAUAACGGAUGUGUUCGAUCGGCUCGCAAACAGUUCCCCACUGACGGCUAUCUCCGAGGAGCUACCGCCGGCAAUGCUGCACGAUGUAGUGGAAACGGAACACCUACAAGAUACCUCGUUAGUUGAAACUGAGAGUUCGCUGGAAGCCAUCACAGAAGAAAGUUCUACACUGGGUGAAAUAAAACAACCGAUCCUGUCUCCUGCAGAUAGUGUACAAGCGGAGCAGGACGAUGAGGCCGAAUAUCGUACGGUAUCGGAGGCAACUAAUAACAGCCUCCUGUUGGCCGAAUCAUUCGACGGAUUAGAAUCGUUUGACACAUACGAACCGGCGUACGAUGCCAGCUUGCUCACUGGCCAGGAGGAUGAGUUUUGUUCCCUAAUGGAUGAAAACGGUUCCAACCGAACGACGGACGCAUCACCAGAUCUGCUUCAGAUUCGUGAAACUCCGCCCGCAGCCCUGUACGUACGCAAUCACGAUCAGCUGGAAUUUCCUGAGCAGCUACAGUCACUCGAACAAACGCCUCUUCCCAUCAGAGAAGAUCCAUUUGAAUGUACGGAGGAAGAGAAAACUUCUCGAAUAACGCUUCAGUCCGAUCUGGUGACGUUCGACAAUAAUGCACCCAGUCCGGAAGGUGCUCCAGGGAUUGAUGCCGUAACGGAACAGAUGCGUGCCUACUGUGAGGAAUUGAAGGGUAUUUUAAACCAUGCUGCUGAUGUGUCUGAAGAGACUUUCCCACCACCAGUAGAUCUCACAGAAACAGAUCAGUGGGAAAUGGUAGAAUCACCGGAAGCUCUCGAUGCUCUCGCAGCGUUCCAGGAAGAGCUGCAGAUGGCCGUCAAUGAUCCAGCACAAACUGAAGUUCGUCCGUGUAGUGAUCAUGCGAUUCGUGAUGUGCCUCUAGCUGAGCUUGAUGAGUGCUUUCCUCUACCCUCCGAAGUGGUUGGUUUGCAGAUGGCUGAAUACAGUGAUAGUUUGAAGAACAUCGACUACGUACAGGAAGCGAUUGCGAUGGAUGAAGAAACGGUCCCACUUGUGGAGUGUUCCUUCGAUGCGGAAGAAUCACCACAAGCGUUACGUGUGUCCUCGCCGGAACUACCAUCACCGAUGGUAACCGUGCUGCAUACAUCGUCCACCGAGCAACCUUCCACAACCGUAACGAUCAAAAAUGAAGAUCCUGCCUACGAGGACCCUUCGACAAACACGGACGAAAUGAUGCUAGCAUCGAUCGAAUCCCGUUCGGAGUCGAAGAUCGAAGACACCAGCAUGCCAUUCAGUGACACCGAGCUUCCCUCCCUCUCAUCACCAUUUACGUCUUUCUCUACCAACCCUACCUUCACCACCACCACCACCACCACCUCCAACAUUAACAAUUGCAUGUCAACUAACCUCACGGAACAGGCAUCGUCUCCUAACAGCAUUGACACUAACCAAUCCUCGAAUAGCAAACAAAGUAUCGUAUGCGAACCUUCUCCAGCCGUUCUGGAUCUGGAGGUACCGCACGAUGACGUGAUGGAAACCAUCGCUGACACUUGUUCGAUCGUUGCAGCACAAAAAGAAUCCGAGCAUCAACAGGGAUCCACUGAUGGAAUUGACGAUCAGAUGGGAGAGCAAGAUGCGUCUUUGGAUACGGCGGAUACACUGAUACCGGGAUCGAUUGCCGAACGGGAGCAUAUGAAGUGGCGUAACGCGAAGCCUAUCGCCAACAACCCUUACUCUCCAGAUGCGCUGCAACGUCGACUAUCCGAAAAGAGUCGUCCAACUAGCAUGAUCGAGAUCGAUCGGCUAGUGAGAAAGGAAGCGACACCGGCAGCAGGAGACACUGGAGUACUGAUGGAUGACGAAAGUGCACCCAAAGAGCCCACAGAUUCUGGCACGGAAAAUGAUCGCUCGUUACAAUCGAUUACUGGAGGUGCACUAGCGGAAAAGAAGAAGAUCGGUCGGGAAUAUUACAUCAAUGAUCCCGAGCGUCUUCGUGCGGGCGGUACGCCGGUUAAACAAACUCUUGGGCUUCAGCAACAGCAACAUCAGCAAUCGCACAGUACCGACGAUGAGAAAUCUCUUCUGCUUGGUCGUAAUAUGGAUGAUGGUGUGCACGCCCAGCAAAAGCUCUCACCGGACCCAUCUAACAAUAGCUCACUGUACCGGUCGAGCAGCUUCGGUAAGCAGCGCGACCCUAACACGGAAGACAUCUUUGCCGCACGCCCGAUACAGGUGACGGCCGACGAUCCGAUCCUUAAGCAAGGUACCAAGGUGAAUUACCUCAGCACAGCCGCUCGUGAGAUCUAUCUCAUUCCGUUGGAACCGGAACCGAAUGGUUCGCUGAUGAGUACAUCCUCCGAGCUUAGCUCCGUCCACUCACCAACCUCGUCCACCGCGCGCCCCGAACUGGACAGCCUUACGUUCAGUGAAGAUUCCGACGUAACUCGGAUCUACGAUCUAACCACCGGUGAAGCGAAAGUCGUUCGUGCAAACCAAACGGAAUCAAUGCACGAUACCAUCCUGCAAAUACUACCUCAAACAUCACCCGAGCACAGUACUAGUCAGUCAGUCCCACCAGCUCCCACAGCCAUCGUAUCCUCCCUCAAGGCUCAGCUUUCGCCCAGUGAAGAUCGGCCACGUCGAUCACCGUUCCCAGUGAAACCACUCUCGCCGGAAACGAUCAAAUUCUUCGCACCGAAACGAAAACUAAGCUUUACCGGUAGUACGAACAGUUUGGUGAGUGAGACGGUCAAAGGCAGUGCGACCAGUGAGCAGGGUACUACGCAUGUACUUCCCUCAAUGCACUCAUCACUGCACAUUGACUUUCCUGCAUCGCGUACCGUCACCGGGAGCGAGUUUGCGAUCAUCGAGAAGGAUGUGAUCGAUGUGUUGCCGUCGGUGAAGGAGCUGGCCAAGUGUUACAGUGGCAGUACGACCGAUGUCUCAUCGAUGCCACCCAAACCACUGUACAAACCAAGGGUCAAGCUUAGAAAGGACUUUAUACGCCAGUCGUCCGAUGUGCUGAACGAGGAAGGUAUGCCUAGCGCCGGAUCUAAGGGCCAGCGGCAGUACAGCAGCACGAGCAGCAUUGCGGUGCGGGACGAAAUACGGGAAAUUCGGAAGCUCAAUCUGGAGGCGUACCGACAGUCAACGUACUACCCGAUGGCACCGGGCCAUAGCAUAACGGCGCGCAGCCUAUCCAAACAGAUCCGUGAGCAUAAAGCCAACAACGUAACGGAUGACCAUAAGGUGGGCCAACAGGAGGAGGUACCGCUACCGGCGGCGGGUGACGGUGGUAUGAAUGGUGAAAGGACCAAUGAGAGUAAUAGCGACGAUGGUCAUACAUCACCGGAACGACCCGGCAGUCCCGUACUACUUCCGGGUCAUCUGAAGUCUAGCAUACAGUUUUUCGAAAGCCUUCGAAAUAAUUCGUGAACCGCUAUUUGGACAAUUCU